GGCGCUUGGAUGCUCCACCCAUUAAUGUGCCUGUAUGUACAGCCUGCAAUUGCGCCCGUCAGAGGCGAAAAUCCCCAACGCGCUCGCCCCCAACGCAAGACCCAAGCUAACCACCGAGAGACGUUCUUUCGAACGGUGCCGAGCAAAUGUACGAAGAGUAGCCCGCAUCGAAAGCAGCUUCUCAGUGACCUCUCAAGACAGCUGAAGUUGAAGUUUUGCUUUGGCAGGCUUCUCAAAGAUUUCCGUGGCAUCGGUGUGCGCCCCGCGCUAAAACUAAAUAUGAACAAUAUGUCUUACGACGUUGGAUCCUUAAUUUGGCCUUGGCAAAGCGUUCCAGUAUUGUUUCAUGCCGUCACUUGAACAACAACGGUACACGACAAGGAGGGUUAGAUGUGCUACCAGUGACGAAACGCGUCCGCGUCCGCGUUCGUGCAAUCGCUUUGUGGCGGAGACAUCAGACAGACUCGAGCGACGCGGGCAGUAUGUUGUACAAGUUAUAACCGUAGGCUGUUCGAACAUACUGCUUCGGAUUUCUGCUCGAUUAGCUUUAAGCUUCCCGAAUUUUUUUGGCGGUGAAUAGGGCGGCUCCACUUUGACAUUCUUCGACAUCAGCACAAGAUACCGCCCAGCAACGGUGACGGCAAGCGACGCCAAGAAUGCUCCCUUCUACUUCGCUACAGGCUGCCGUGAUGCGUUCAGACCCAGCCAGUCACCAGCCUGGGAGUGGCGGGAAGAGCGGUGUUUGGCUGGCGAUGUCCGUCAACAAAGAAGUACAAACCGGCGUUCCAGGUCAGAACACACGCGUAUAUAUACUGAGCCAGACGUAGGGGAUCCGGCAUCGAGUCUCAAACGCACCAGGACUACUCUGAGUAUUCGAAGCAUUCCUCUGCACAUUCUCAAGAUGUUCGCUCGUCUCACCACCGUCGCCUCCCUCGCUGCCCUGUCGCUUCUUGCGGUCGCCACCCCGAACCCCUGGGGCUCUCCCCCCGCCACGACCACGACCGUGACCGUGACCGCGCCGGCCUCUACCCCCACCAGCGUCAGCACCUGCUCGACUGGCGAUGCCCAGUGCUGCAACAGCGUCACUAGUGCCUCCAAUCCCGCUGCCGCCGGUAUACUGAGCGGGCUCGGCAUCGUCCUCCAGGGCGUCACCGCUGACGUGGGCCUCACCUGCAGCCCCAUCACCGUCGUCGGUGGGAGCGGUACCUGCAACCAGCAGGCUGUCUGCUGCCAGGAUAACAGCCACGGUAGUCUGAUUUCCAUCGGCUGUCUCCCCAUCACUCUCUAAACGACUCAAGAUUUUCUAUGCUUCCACCAUCGCUCGGGCUGUUGUAUAAGCGUGCUCGUGUCAAUACUCCUGUGUACCUCAUGACAGCCAGUUCACAAUCGAGCCUUGGAUGGGUCGGGAAGACUGGGAGCAGUUUGAGAAUGCUGAUUUGAUUGUAUACCGUCUUGCAAUGAAUGUGUCUCGUUUU